UCGUAAAGAACCGGCUCCCAUGUGAGCGAUGACAGACUGCCGUAAAGCGAGAGACUCUCCAAGAUGGCGGCGUCCAUAUCUGCGUCUGUAUGGCGGUCACUCUUCCGGACCCAGCGCGGCCUGACAGGACAGUGCUGGCAGCUAUCUCAAAGCAGUUUCCAUACCACCGCCGCCCUGGAGGGACAAAACUGGGAGAGGAAGAACAGAGUCGUCUAUCCCCCUCAACUCCCUGAUGAGCCUCGGCGACCCGCGGAAAUUCACCAUUGCCGCAGGCAGAUAAAGUACAGCAUGGACAAGAUGUGGUAUUUGGCCAAACUGAUCAAGGGGAUGUCUGUAGACCAGGCGAUUGCUCAGAUGGAAUUCAGUGACAAGAAAGGAGCAAAAAUAAUUAAAGAGGUCUUGUUAGAAGCUCAAGAAAUGGCAGUAAGAAUGCACCAUGUGGAAUAUAAAUCUAACCUUUACGUGGCUGACUCCUUUUCCGGUAAAGGCACUUACCUGAAGCGGAUUCGUAUCCAUGGCCGGGGCAGAUUUGGCAUCAUGGAUAAGGUACACUGCCAUUUUUUUGUCAAGUUGGUUGAGGGACCACCACCUCCAAAAGAAGAACCCCUCACUGGAUUCCAGCAAGCAAAGGACUAUGUACAGCAGCUGCGAAACCGCACCAUCAUCCACAGCUUGUGAAGCACCAUGGACUCAGUUUUGGGAGGGAGCUAUAUUUACAUGCCUCUGAAAAUUCAUACGUAAAGAUAAUAUUGUUUGCUUAUUAAAUCAUUUGAAAGUGA